AUGCUGGCGGAAGAGCUCAAGUUCCGGGGGGGAUGUCAUCGGUGGUGCAAUCGUGGUGAGCGCGGAGGGGGCGUGGGGCGCGGGGGUCGCGGGGGGAGGCUCCUCUCGACCUCGUCCGGCCACUCAUUGUUUGUCACCCACUCGCUUGGCUCGGUUUCAGUUCAGUCAAGAGCAGUGAGCAGUGAGCAGUCACUCAGUCAGUGUUGGUGCGCCGUAGUGCGCGCGCGCCCGUGCCCGUCGCCCGUCGCCCGUCACCCGUCGCGUGUGUGCUCAAACCCUCCUCUCGUCUGGACGGAGGCUGCGCCGGAUCGGACUCUCUCCCCGCAGGUCUCCGCCAGCAAUAGUGCUUCCUCACCACCACCGCCACCGCCACCGUCACUGUCUCACAAGAGAAGGGAUCGUUUCUUAGGUGGGUGGUGC